AUGAAGUCGAUUCAUUUCUUUCAGGAGGAGGUAGAAACGGACAACGACGAAGAACAAGCUGAACAGAAGAAGAAACGGCAUGAACAGAUGAGGUCCAGUGUGGUGUCUGCGCUGUACCAGACUGCAGGGUCCGUCACCAGUGUUGAAGCCGUACAACAAUCGUGCAUCACCAUGAAAGCUAUCACAGAAAAAUCGUCUGAAGUAUCUCCUGACACCCAGGUCACAGCAGCCUCGGCUGUGGAGAAUAUGGCGGAAAAACUUCAGGGAAUUGACAUGUCUGAGGAACUCUCUGAGAACAUUGAAAGUACAGCAACAGAACUUGUGUCCAGUCUUAGCAACAUCCUGGUUGCCACGGACACCACGGUACAGGAGAAGAUCAAAGUUCCCGGCUCAGAAGGAGCGCUGGACGUGAUGUCGUUAAGCCCAGAGGAAGCUGAGCAGAGAGAACGGGAUCUACAGGCAGCUGAAGAAACACAACAUGACGACGAAACGUUGGCAAAGGACACAGCAAGACAAGUCUCAACAAAAACAUUCAAAGCUGCGACAGCGAUAUCAGGCUUAGUGAUGAAGACAAAGACUAUCGGAUCUCCGGCAAUGGUCAUUGACUCACCGAAGCUGUCAAUGGUGCUGGAAAGGUCGGAGCCUACUGCCCUAGCGGGUAAAGCUGUAACUGCACGUGGAGGAUCCUUCAACAUCCCUCCAGCCAUCUCAGCCAAACUGGGCGAGGGCUCUGGUCCGGUUGAUAUGAAGGUCAUGUCCUUGCCGACUAAUCCAUUUAUCUGGGAUGAGAGUGCCAGUUCUAUCAACAGCCCCGUGGUGUCUCUAGCAUUCCAAGGCUCGGAUGGGAAUGAACUGGCUAUCAAUAAUAUGGACGAACCUUUUGAGAUAAGGAUUAAUAACAGUCCAGAAAAGGUUCCCAAACCAAAAAGGUUCGACCCACCAAAUCCACCAGAUGAUUCGGAAGAGGAAAACUUUUACUACGACUACAGUCCAGAAGUGGACAUGGACUACGCCUUUCACGUCAUAGACGUGCCCAGAAGUAACAACGCUAUUAGAGCUGUCAUUCGCCCUGGAGAUCCAAAAAUGUUGCUGAUGGCGUAUCUGAGAGUAGGAGACUAUCCAAGCUCAAGUGACUUUAACGUAAGCGGCAUCAUUCCGCGCGAGAUCAACAUGAACGGGACUUUCACACGGGAAGAACUGGACGAGAUACGGCACUCGGUGAUGGUGCCUGAGGAGAUUGUAUACACCAACAUCAGCUGGUAUCUUGCCAUUCAAGAAAUAGAUCCUGAGAGCAAGACUACGCUAGGGGCGCCAUCAUCCAACUACACUCUACAGACUCUCAUACUUGGAUGCAAAUUCUGGAGUGAAACUGAGGAGCGGUGGGCGGGAGAUGGCUGUAAGGUUUCUGAUAAGUCCACAGCCAACGUAACAGUUUGCGAAUGUACCCAUCUAACCUCAUUCGGCUCCGAGCUCUUCACUCCGCCCAACACCAUCGACUUCAAGACCGUUUUCAGCAAGAAUAUCGCGGAGAACGCGUACGUGUUAGGCACCGUCCUCGGUAUCACUGCGCUGUAUCUGAUAUGUGUCUACUUUGCUCGGAAGGGAGACAACAAAGACGUCGAGAAGUGGAGCGUGUCCCAACUGUCGGACAACAGACUCAUAGAUAACCACUUCUAUGAGAUCACGGUACAGACAGGGAUCGGCAAAACAUCCGGGACCAAGUCUGAAGUCUUCUUCACUCUCUACGGCGAGGACGAGAAUACUAGGACCAGAACGCUGAAGGCAAAGAACAAGGUACGGGGCAUCUGUGAUAUGAGAAACUUAAGCAGUGGUAGUGUAAAUAAGUUUCUGAUGGCCGAGCACAAACACCUGGGCGCCCUGCAGUCCCUCCGUAUCUGGCACAACAACAGCGGCAAGGGUGCAGAGGCGAGCUGGUACCUGGACAGGGUGCAGGUCCGGGAUCUGGACACGGACAAGAUGUACUACUUCCUGUGCGACAAGUGGCUGGCUGUGAAUGAAGAUGACGGAGAGGUCUGCCGUACACUGCCUGUCGCCACGGAGGAGGACAUGAAACAGUUCAACACUAUCUUCUUUUCCGCCGUGAAGAAAGACUUCAACGACGGUCACCUGUGGUUCUCUGUGUUCUCCCGUCCGACCAGAAGUAACUUCACCCGGGUUCAGCGUGUCACGUGCUGCCUGUCUCUCCUCUUCUGCACCAUGGUGUCAAACGCCAUGUGGUAUGAUACAGAGAAGAAGGUACGGACUGUCCACGCCCUCACCAUAGGUCCCAUCACCCUCACCUGGCACCAACUGUACGUCAGCUUCAUGAGUAGUAUCCUCAUCUUUCCUGUCAACAUCGGGCUCGUUACACUCUUCAGGCGCAUACGGGAAAAGGAAUCACCCAUCCUUGAGGUUGAUGGUGGCGAGGACUCUGCUGAGACGGUGGAAAAGGGCAAUUGUAAAGACCACCAAGAGGAGCAGAGCAAGAAAAAGAAGAAGAAGAAGCUUUUCAUGUUUCCUCAUUGGAUGGUGUACGUGGCGUGGAUCAUCGCCUUCCUGGUGACCUUCACGUCAGCGUUCUUCAGCGUACUGUACAGUCUGGACUGGGGCGCCAAGAAGUCCAUAGCGUGGCUGACGUCCAUGCUGAUGUCAUUCACCAUGUCUGUGUUUGUAGUGGAUCCAAUCAAGGUCGUUUUCUUGGCCGCGGUUUUGUCACUGCUGAUCCGGAAACCGAGCUCGGAUGAAGAAGACAACUCGGAUGACGAGGAAAUCCAAAACAAACUACAAGAUGACGAAGACUGGGUGAACGAAAUGCCCUCGGACGACGACGAUGACAAGCUCGGCGUGCCUGACCCUACGCGUCUGGCUGAAGCUAAGGAGAAGAUGCAGAAAAAAGCGGUGAUGUCUGACCUCAUCCGGGAGAUCGCGCGGUACGGGCUGCUCGUGCUGGUCCUCAUGCUCAUCGCCUACAACAACAAAGAUCCCAGCUCCUACAACAUGGUCAAAACGUUCAGGGAUAACUUUGUUCACGUGGAGCUGCCUCUAGAAAACGUAUGUUUGAUAUAACAUUAUAUGAAAUAUUAUGUACAUAUUAUGUCCAAAACACGAGAUACGAAAGUCAGGGGUUCUGUUUCACAGCAGUUCCUGGCAGACAAGUUGUCGUUCCGGGUGGGACCGGCAAGAAUGAGACAACUUCGGGUACCGCCUUCGGAAUCAUGUACAAUAAAUGUAGACGUGGUAGGACUUGUGGAAGGAUGUACUGAUGAAUAUUCAAUGGAACUGGAAGACCAGAUGGCCUACCUACCGGGAUGGAAAUAUCACCCGAACGCCUCAGUCUUAACAGACGAUCUUCGUGGCGGUGGAUACGAAGCUAACUUCGGAACCUCCAACCUAAGAGCCAAGCGAGUUUCCGGCUACCUCCAGUCCCACGGCUGGAUAGACAGGUUAACCCGCGCUAUCAUCAUAGAGUUCACGGCCUACAACGCCAACGUCAACCUGUUUGUUGCCGCCCGGUACAUCCUGGAGUUCGGCGCGAUCGGGGCCGGGUUGACGGGGCAGUACGACAUCCAGGUCUUACUCCUGUACAACUACGAGGGUAAAAGCAUGAAAGAGCUUGGUUGUAAGAAGUAUUUCGCGGAUCCUUGGAACAUGUUAGAGAUUCUCAUCAUCCUGGGAUCUCUGAUCUCCAUCGGCUUCUAUGCAACUAAAACCAUCAUUACAUCCUUUACCCUGUCUUCAGUACAGGCCUCUAGAGACGACUUCGUUAGUUUCCAGAGCGCCAUCACCUUCCACUCAGCCUACAGCUUCACGCUGGCGUUUGUAGUCUUUCUCUCCACGCUGAAGUUCAUGAAGCUUCUCAGGUUCAACAAGAAGAUCUCCAUGUUGUCCGCGACUGUCCGCCACAGCAGCGCCAUGAUGGUUCCCUUCGGGUUCCAGUUCGGGCUGGUCGUCUUCGCCUUCGUGCAUUUUGCCUCCGUCGCGUUUGGUGCCAAUUCACUAUCAUACACCAGUGUUAUGGGAAGUUUCCAGACCAUUUUCUCCAUGCUUCUGGGGAAGUUUGACCACCAGGAGCUGGCACAGCUACACUGGCUGCUCGGGCCCGCCAUGUUUAUCGUGUUCAUGAUCGUCGUGUUCCUGAUCAUCAUGAAUAUCUCCUUCACCAUCAUCAGUGAAAGCUUCGCCGAGGUUCAGAAGGACAUCUACAACCAGGAGAAUGACUAUGAAAUCCUGGACUUCGUGCUGAACGGACUGAAGAAAAGUCUCCGGCUGGUGAAAAGUAUGGUCGUGGCGAUAGACGAAGAUGAGGGCAAAGAUCCUGUAUACAUCGAAUUCGAGCCAGAAUGUAUCGUGGAGCGGUCGAACCAGCUGUACCGCUCAGUUAUCCGUCUGUACGUGAAGGAAGGGUUUGAGGAGGAGGACACAGAAGCCGUCUUACAGGAGAUGAGUGAUUUGGGGAUCUCCGUUGAUGACUUGGCUCUGUCUGUGAUGCGGGAACAUCAUAACCAGGUGGGACCCGGUGGGUCCAUAAAGCUUCAAGUCUACCGUGAAGACAUCGGUGUGGAGUGGCGUCCAGAAGUCAACUCAGCCGGGGAACGUGUCUUCGUCAGCCGACCCUGCGAUAGCAAAUGGACGCUGAAGGAAACUUGCAGCAACACAACAAAGGUGACAACCAGGAAAGCUGACAAGACAGCCUUUUUGGGUGGCAAAGUGGGUAAAAGCGUCACUUUUGAUGACGUUUUCAAUUCCAAGGAAUCGCCAUGUCGUCAGACGUCACCACCCGUACGGAAGAAACAGAACGGUAAAGACUCGUGGUACAUCCCUGGACCAGGCUCUCCAGACAACAUCGACGUUGUCCAUAGCAACAGUUACCAGGCAACGGCGGGUUUCACCACCCCAGCCGCCUCAAGCAGUCGUGCACUCCUGUCCAGGGUCUCUACUGCAGCUGAGAGGAAAGCCCCCGACAACACUGGGUUUCCAGCCGCGGCCGUAUACGUUCAACCUGACGACAGUGCAUCAGACGAGCAGAUUUUGAGCGGCAAUGACCACGAAGUAGAAAAUUCCAUAUUUGACCUUCCAACAGACGAGAGCGAUCACCUCACUCCGGCUGUCUACGUAGCGCCCUCUCACGACGAUGGGUGGCACGACAUGUUUGAUCAACUCACCGACGACUGCAGCGGAACAGUCGAGGAACUGGACGUGGUUCCCGCGGGUGAGGUGGGGUAUGUGACCGGCAGAGAUGGCGGAGGGACGCCGGACAUGUGGUACUCUGUGCCCGGGGAGGAGAACCGCCAAUCUGCAUCUCAAACCUUUGACCUCAAUGACUGGGAUGGACUGUGA